AUCAGAGUUUACGCAAUAGAGUUUCCGUUGCAUCAAUUGAGUGAUAGUAAUUCCAAGAUAUCUCGUGGCAAUUAUGAACCCCAUACAAUGCUUGGCAUGACAUAUAUCUGUCCCCCCUCAUCCCAACAGUGAGUGAACGGGACGCAAACAAUAGAAAACAAAACAUUUCUGGUACUUUAAAAAGACCGUACACAUCUCUUGACCGCAUACCCACGCCUUGGUCGCUGCAAGACCCCGCCAUGGCCGCUGUGGAAAUGUCCAUGUCCACAAAGGACGAGAAGGCGAUCGGCACCUCAUCACCACCCGACGUCGAAGUGGAAGCCGGUCAAUUGGUAGAGGACCACGGAGGUGAUUCGGAGCUGCAGCGUCGACUGACCACCCGCCACUUGGUCAUGGUUGCCAUAGGAUCUUCCAUUGGAAUGGGUCUUUGGCUAGGUUCGGGCACCUCACUUACACGCGGAGGUCCCCUCGGUAUCUUCAUUGGUUAUGUCCUUUCAGGAACCAUUGUUUGGGCUGUCAAUCAGUCGAUUGGAGAAUUGGCCGUCAUGUAUCCUGUGCCUUCAGCAUUUGUGUCAUGGAGUGGUCAAUUCAUCGAUAAAUCUGCCGCAUUUGCCCUCGGAUGGGCUUAUUACUUUAGUUAUCCAAUCAAUGUCGCCAACGAACUCCAGGGAAUCUGCACGGUUCUUUCUUUCUGGACAGACAAGGUUCCCAUCCCAGCAUGGAUCAGUAUUUUCCUCGUCGUGGUUAUUUUGGUUAAUAUCGGAGCUGUCAAUUGGUUCGGAGAGUUUGAAGUGACAGCAUCCAUGAUCAAGUUCUUCUGGAUUAUUGUCGUCAUCAUCUCUUGCAUUGUCAUCUCCGCUGGAGGAGGCCCCAAGGGAGGCGCUAUUGGAUUUCGCUACUGGAAUGAGGAACCCAUUCGUCAUGGUUUCAAGGGUUUCCUCAGAGUCAUGCCCACUUGUAUCUUCGCCAUGAGCGGUGCUGAAGCCAGUGGUUUGGUGGCAGCGGAGACGGCAAACCCCUUGAAGUCGGUCCCGGCGGCUGUCAAAUCCAUUUGGAUCCGGCUCACCCUCUUCUACCUCUUGGGUGCGCUCAUGGUCACGAUCACCGUCUCCCCCAACGACCCUAACCUCUUUGGUGGUGACGGCAGCAAUGCUUCUCCGUUUGUCAUUGCUUUCCGCAACGCUGGUAUCGAGCCUCUGGCGCAUAUGAUGAACGCAGUCAUAUUUGUCUCUGUGCUCUCGUCUGGUACUAUCUCGGCCUAUGCAGGAUCGCGUUUGCCGAUCGGUCUGGCUAAUCUGGGCAUGGCCCCUAAGUUUUUCAAAAAAUGCGAUCGCCAGGGCAGACCUUGGGCUGGCUUGCUCAGUGUCUUCAUCGUCGGUGGAGGUCUCGCCUAUCUCAACGUAAACCACUCUGGCGCUGAAGUCUUCAACUGGCUCUCGAAUCUGACAUCCCUGUUCACUCUCUUUGGAUGGGGUUUGAUUUGUCUCGCCCAUAUUCGUUUUCGACACGCCUGGAAGGCCCAAGGGUUUUCUCCGAAUGACCUUCCAUGGAAGACUUGGACAUAUCCCUUUGCAGCAUAUUGGGGCCUGUUCUGGUCUGUCUUGCUCAUCAUUGUCGAGUUCUAUCUUUCCGUCUGGCCGUUAGGCGCCAAGGCAACUGCUGAGAGCUUCUUCGCCAACUAUGUCUCUGUCCCAGCGAUCAUUGUCCUUUACCUGGGCGCCAGGUGCUACUACAGGGGCUCUUGGUAUAUCAAGGCAAAGGAUAUUGACCUUUACAGAGGAAGACGGUACUAUGGCACCCAGAAGCUUGCCGAGGCGGAUCAGGCCAAGAAGGGCAACAAGGUCGUUGGAAUCUUCCGGAAGGGAUUCGGGGCCUUCUUUGGCGACUCUGGGUACUGAGAGUCGCACAAUUUAGUGAUCUGCCUUUCCUCAGAUACCCCGUCUUCCCCCAGAUGCCAGUUGAGACCUUCUGAUUUCUUUUGCUUGCUCAGCGCUUUCCCUUUUCCUUUUGUAUUAGAGCGUCCGACUCUCCUCGGCC